CUAAAGAUUCUAAAACCAAAAACUCAGAAAGUUUUAGACAAUUACAACGAACUGUUUUUCAACGAAGCCUAACAAUUCUUCUCAAACCAAUACUAAAUUGUCCAGAACUUCAAUUUGUAGUGCGUCGCAAUGUGAUCUCUUUUAUUCCACGGAUCUCGGUAAUUUUGGCUGACCUAGCUGAAGUUAAUAAAUUUACAAACGUCUAUCAACCCUCAACUUCAAAGAAACCUUGUAGUUCCUGCUUAAUCUCAAAAAUUAAUUUGAAUAACACGGAAUUAACAGACUUAUCGCUUAGAACUCCACAAAAUAUGAAACAAGAAAUCGAAAAUGGUCAGGCACAUGAGAAUUCGAUUCACACCGAACAUAAUAUAUUUUGGGAAAUAAGUUGA